AUCACUACUACAUUAAUUAAUCCCUAUAUAUAUAUAAAAAUUAUUAAUUAAUUAAAGAGAGCUAAAUAUGUUGUUAGGGAAAGGAAUAGGGGUUGUGGACUCAUUCACAGGUGGUCUGAUUGGUGGUAAUAAUAAAGGAAAAAAGAUAAAAGGGUCAGUGGUUUUGGUGAAGAAGAAUGUGUUGGAGUUUAACCCAUUAGCAUCUUCUGUUAACACAGGCACUGCCAUUUUUGAUCGUUUUGCUGAAUUUUUGGGCAGUGGUGUUUCUCUCCAGCUCGUUAGUGGUCACACUUCUGGUAAGUUGAGUAAAGAAGCUCACUUAGAGAAUUGGAUUACUUCAUUGCCUGCUUUAACACCAGGAGAUUCUGUCUUCAAAGUCACUUUCGAUUGGGAUGAAUCCAUUGGAGUCCCUGAAGCUAUUAUCUUCAAAAACAAUCAUCUUGAUGAGUUCUUCCUCAAGACAAUUACUCUUGAUGAUGUUCCUGCUCAAGGUGUUGUUCGUUUCAUCUGCAACUCGUGGGUUUACACAGCUAACAAAUACAAUUACAAUCGUGUUUUCUUCAGAAACAAGUCAUAUAUUCCAAGUGCAACACCAGCACCAUUGCUUAAGUACAGAAAGGAGGAGCUUGAGAACUUGAGAGGAAAUGGAUUAGGACAGAGAAAGGAGUGGGACAGAGUCUAUGACUAUGAUUUGUACAAUGAUUUGGGUGAACCUGAUAAAGGUAGAAACUUUUCUCGUAAAACCCUUGGAGGGAAUAGUGAAUUCCCUUACCCUCGAAGAGGAAGAACUGGUAGACCAACCACCAAAUCAGAUUCUAGAACUGAAAGCAGAUUGAAACAAGUGAAUCUUAUGAAUCCUCUGGAUCCUGUUGAAUCUUUAGACAUAUAUGUUCCACGAGAUGAACGUUUUGGUCACUUGAAGAUGUCAGACUUUCUUGCUUAUGGAAUCAAGUCUUUGACUCAAGCCAUCAUACCUGCACUAAAACAUUAUUUUGAUCAAACUCGAAAUGAGUUUGAUAAUUUCCAAGAAGUACUUGAUUUGUAUGAAGGAGGGUUGAAGCUACCAAAAUCAGUACUUGAUAAUAUCAGGAAAAAUGUUCCUUUUGAUCUGCUAAAGGAAAUGUUUCGAACUGAUGGUGAACAGUUCCUUAAAUUCCCUUUGCCUCAUGUGAUCAAAGAGGACAAAUCUGCAUGGAGGACUGAUGAAGAAUUUGGAAGAGAAAUGGUUGCUGGCGUUCACCCUGUCCUUAUCCGUCGCCUCGAAGAGUUUCCACCAACCAGCAAGCUAGACCCUGAAUUGUAUGGUGAUCAUACUAGCACAAUUACUGAAGACCACAUUAAGAACAGCUUGGAAGGGCUUGGUGUAUUUGAGGCACUCUUUCAAAACAAGUUAUUUAUAUUGGAUCACCAUGAUUCGUACAUACCAUACUUGAGGAGGAUAAACUCAACUUCUUCAAAAGCUUAUGCAACUCGAACUCUCGUGUUCUUGACAAGUGAAGGCACAUUAAAACCUGUUGCCAUAGAAUUAAGCUUACCACAUCCAAAUGGUGAUGAAUUCGGUGUUGUUAGCAAAGUGUAUACUCCAGCUGAGGAAGGUGUUGAAGGUACCAUUUGGCAAUUGGCUAAAGCUUAUGCUGCUGUAACUGAUUCUGGCUACCAUCAACUCAUUAGUCACUGGUUGAAUACACACGCCGUGAUUGAGCCUUUUGUGAUAGCAACAAACAGGCAACUAAGUGCACUGCAUCCAAUUUACAAACUCUUGCAACCCCAUUACCGUGAUACUAUGAAUAUAAAUGCACUUGCUAGGCAGAGUCUUGUCAGUGUCGAUGGCGUUAUAGAGUCCACAUUUUUACCAGGAAAGUAUGCUAUGGAAUUGUCAGCAGUGGUUUAUAAGGACUGGGUUUUCACUGAUCAAGCUCUCCCUGCAGAUCUUCUUAAAAGAGGAAUUGCAGAAAAGGAUGUGAAUGCUCCACAUGGGCUUCGCCUUUUAAUAGAGGACUAUCCAUAUGCUGUUGACGGGCUAGAGAUCUGGUCUGCAAUUAAAGCAUGGGUUAAGGAAUAUUGCUCUCACUACUACAAUAGUGAUGCUAGUGUUCAAAGAGACACAGAACUUCAGGCAUGGUGGAAGGAAGUUAGGGAAGUGGGUCAUGGUGAUAAGAAAGACGAGACUUGGUGGCCAAAAAUGAAAACUCGUGAGGAACUAGUUGAGUCAUGCACAAUACUCAUAUGGAUUUCUUCUGCUCUUCAUGCAGCUGUCAACUUUGGACAAUACUCUUUCACAGGGUACCUUCCAAAUCGUCCCACAUUAAGUCGACGGUUCAUGCCAGAAGAGGGUACUCCAGAAUAUGAGCAACUUAAGUCUGACCCUGAAAAAGGUUUCUUGUUGACAAUUACUUCAGAAUUCCAGAGCCUUGUUGGAAUUGCCCUCGUUGAGGUUUUGUCUAGGCAUGCUUCAGACGAGGUCUAUCUCGGUCAAAGAGAAAAUCCUGAUUGGACAUUAGAUGCUGGUCCCUUGCAAGCUUUUGACAAAUUUGGAAGAAAACUUGUUCAAAUUGAAGAUGCAAUUGUGAGGAGGAACAAUGAUUUGAACAUGAAGAACCGAGCUGGGCCAGUCAAGUUUCCAUACGGUUUGCUCAUUCCUACGAGUGAUCAAGGCCUCACUGGUAGGGGAAUUCCUAACAGCAUCUCAAUCUAAAGCUCAUCUCCUUGUGUUGUUGUUGUUGUUGCUAGUGCUUUUAUUGUUCACUAGUCUAUUUAUCUUCUUUGUUAGUUGUUUGUAACUAAGUGGUGGUGUCAUUAAGAAAGGCCAUAUGGGCUAUUGCAGUACUAAUUUACUUGCACUGAAUAUGAUGCUAGCUUAAUCAUGUAUUAUCAUACCUCAAUUAAAUAAAGUUUAUAUCAAAGCUUUCUGC